UCGGUUGUAAAUAAAUAGAACUAAUAAGAACUAAUAUUGGUCCAUGAUUAGGUUAGGUACCUUUAUUUUUAAAUCGAAAUAAACUCACUCUGUGCUAAUAAAUGGCUAUUGGCCGUACUAUUUGAUAAAGAAUUUAAUGUUAAUAACUCACCUAAACAAAACACAAAAUACCUGUACCUAGAAGGUACACCAUGCCUAGCCAAUAUGAAGAUGAGCGUAUUUGGGAAGGCUCAAAUCAUCAAUAUGAAGAUGAAGGUACAGAAGAUGUCAUUGACAAUCCUGAAGAAGUUCUGCAAGAGUGCUUGGAGAAGUUUAAAACGCCUGACUAUAUAAUGGAGCCAGGUAUAUUUGGACAGCUCAAAAGAUAUUUUCAAGCAGGAGGAAAUCCAGAACAAGUUAUUGAACAGCUGUCCAUUAAUUAUAAUGCUGUUGCUCAAAUGGCAAAUUUGUUGGCAGAAUGGCUUAUUCUUGGAGGAGUAAAAGUAACCGAGGUACAAGCAAUGGUUGAAAAUCAUUUAAAGGACAUGAUUUUUAAAACAUUUGAUCCUAAAAAAGCAGAUACAAUAUUUACUGAAGAAGGUGAAACACCUGCUUGGCUUACAGAAAUGAUUGAACACCCAACAUGGAGGUCUUUGAUUUACAGAUUAGCAGAAGAAUACCCUGAUUGCCUUAUGUUGAACUUUACUAUAAAGUUAAUAUCAGAUGCUGGAUUCCAAGGUGAAAUUACAAGUAUAUCCACAGCUGCACAACAGAUUGAAGUAUUUUCUAGAGUUUUGAAAUCAGCAAUAGUUGGAUUUUUGCAGAGCUCAGAUGAUUGGCAAAACAGUGUAACUGAAUGUGCUAAAAUGGUUUGUCAUGGUGCACACACAUAUGUGUAUAGCCAAGUAAUUGUUCACAUACUAUCCCAAGAGCCAAGAGGUGGAGCAAUCAUGAAGAGACUCAGUCAGGAAAUAACCCGCUGCGCCCAGCAAAGCGGUCAUGACGUGACGCCUAUAACGCUGGCUCUGACCCCGGGAGAGUGCUGGCGCGGCGCGCGCACGGCGCUGGCGGCCAUGCUGUCGCGCGGCGCGCUCAACCCGGCCGACAUAUCCGUGCUGUUCCGCGCGUACACGCAACCCGAACCGCCUCCUGUGCACUUGCUGAGAAUACCGCACUUUUUAGAACUUCUUGUGGAUUCACUAUUUAAAUUGGGCAGCAAACUUAAUCCUGAACACAAAUCCAAAUACAUGUAUCUGUUGGCGUACGCCGCGAGCGUGUGCGAGGGUGUGGCGCCGGGCAGGCCGGUCAAAGACGAGCUGAAGGCGACCGUGCAGGCCAUCGAGAAGAUCCACGCUGUUUGCAGCAGCUCGGCUAGCUCCAGUGAACUCAUAGCCGAGCUACCUUCUUUGUACCACUGCAUAAGAUUCCCAGUAGUGGGCAUGGGUGUUCUCGUGUGGGUAGAAUGUGUGGUAACGGAAAAGUCGUAUUUUAAGCUGUGCACCGAACACUGCCCCGUUCACUUGGCGUUGCUCGACGAAGUUGCGUCCUGCCAUCCAUUGCUCCAUCACAGAUUACUGAAAUUACUGGUCCAGUUAUUUGAAUCACCACAAGAUGAAUUGGAAAUAUUAGUACAGUUGGAACUUAAAAAAAUGUUACUGGAUCGGAUGGUUAACUUGCUGAGCCGCGGCUGCGUCGUGCCGGUCCUUCAGUACAUCAAGCAGUGUGUCACUCGGGGCGACACGGAUAUCUCGCUCAUAAGAUAUUUUAUCACAGAGGUGUUAGAUGCAAUAGCUCCCCCAUAUACCCCAGAGUUCGUUCAACUAGUAUUACCAAUGGUGGAAAAUGAAGAAAUCACAGGAACCAUGAGGGCAGAAGGCGAAAAUGAUCCUGUUUCCGAAUUCAUAGUUCACUGUAAAGCACAUUAUGUGGUGGUUUAAAUAAAAGUAUGGAUUUUAUUUAU